CUCACACAUGCCAGACACUUUCCCCACAGUCUAUCUGCUCAGAUAGAGAGACGUCGGCCGAGCCAGGCAGGCCUUUUCAGACAGCUGUUGUUUGCUAGCUGAGGCGUGACAGAGCAGUAAACAGCACCCAGCCAGUCUGGUCUGCCUGCCUGUCGCAGCGGUGGAAGAGAAGGAGGACGUUAUUUUAGGCACUCAGACACUGUCACCUGUCGUAGGACGAGUCUGGACACUGUCUCCCAGACAGCACACUUAGCCGCACCAGUAACACUUGCCACACCACAACAACACUCUCUGGAGACCUUACCACAGAACAGGAGAACCAGCGAUGUACACAAACGGACUCUGCAGUGUCUGAAUUAACGACUAAAUUGGUCUUUUACAGAGAUCUCUGGUCCUGAGAUGGGCCAGUACGACACCCAGGCUCUCUCAGAGACCCUGAUGGGAUUCCUGCAGGACCUGCCAUCCCCCGUCAUCCCAAAGUCUAUCUAUCCCAGCCUGAAGACUACCCUGCAAGAGGAAGAAGAGUUGUCUGUCUGGGAGACAGGCAGGCGUUUGCUGAAGGCUCUGGAGCCCCCGGCUGUGCCCCUGCCGAGUCUGCAUUACCUGCUCAGACACCUGGACCGAGUGGGCCAGGGCUUGGCCCACAACGGCCAGAGCUCGGCCCACAACGGCCUGGACCCCCACACCCUCGCAUUCCUCUUCAGCCCUCUUCUGCUCACCACUGGGUCAGAAGAAGGUCAUCAGGUUCAGGUGCUGGAGAGGCUGCUGGUGGAGAGGGCCUGGGAGCUGGACCAGAUGUCAUCAGCCCUAACUUCCAAGCCUUCCAAAACCAAAGCCAUGGCCUCUUCUGUCAUCAAUGGGGAUGGCAGCAAGAUGGCUGAUGCAGAGUGGUACUGGGGAGACAUUUCCAGAGAUGAGGUGAAUGACAAGAUGAGAGACACACCAGAUGGCACUUUCUUGGUCCGAGAUGCCUCAAGCAAGGUGCAAGGAGAAUAUACAUUGACUCUCAGGAAAGGAGGAAACAACCAGCUGAUCAAGAUCUUCCACCAAGGAGGCAAGUACGGCUUCUCUGAGCCGCUGACCUUUGCUUCUGUGGUGGAACUCAUCCUGUAUUAUCACCACGAGUCGCUGGCCCAGUACAACCCCAAGCUGGACUCACGGCUACUGUACCCAAUCUCCAAAUAUCCGCAGGAUCAGGUGGUAAAAGGGGACAGCGUGGAAGCAGUAGGAGAGCAACUGAAGGUGUACCACGAACACUGCCAGGAGACGAGCCAGGAAUAUGACGUCUUGUAUGAAGAGUAUACUCGCACCUCUCAGGAGUUACAGAUGAACCGCACGGCCAUCGAGGCCUUCAACGAGACCAUCAAGAUCUUCGAGGAGCAGUGCGAGACCCAAGAAGGCUAUAGCAAGGAGAACAUUGACCAGUUCCUCAGGGAGGGAAACAGCAAAGAUACUGAGAGAAUCCAAAGUAAUUGGGAUAAGCUGAAGUCGCGGGUGACUGAGAUCCAUGACAGGAAGAGGAAGCUAGGGCAGGACCUGAAGGAGCAUGCGAUGGACAACCGAGAGAUCGAUAAGAAGAUGAGUAGCCUGAAAACGGACCUUGUGCAGCUGAAAAAGAUUAGAGACCAGUACCUGGUGUGGCUCAAUCAGAAGGGCACCAGACAGAAAAAGAUUAACGAGUGGCUGGGGAUCAAAAAUGACAUGGAAGGCUGUUCCUCCCAUCUACCUCCCAGCCUGUAUUCUCUGGUGGAUGAGGAGGAAGACCUGCCGCACCUCGACGAGCGCACUUGGUACGUGGGCGACAUCACGCGCAGCCAAGCCGAGGAGUUGCUGAGGGGAAAGGGUGACGGCACUUUCCUGAUCCGAGACAGCCAGUCCCAGAAGGGCUCCUACGCCUGCUCUGUAGUUGUGGACGGGGACAUCAAGCACUGUGUGAUAUUCAAGACCUCCACGGGCUACGGCUUUGCCGAGCCCUACGACCUGUACAGCUCCCUGAGAGAGCUGGUGCUUCACUAUAGACACACCUCCCUGGUCCAGCACAAUGACUUGCUGAAUGUAACUCUGGCAUGUCCUGUCCUAACCCAGCAGCAACCCAGAUGAGACGCAAGAUAACCCGGACAGGGCCUGGCACACACAGAGGAAACACACAGAGGAAACACACAGAGGAAACACACAGAGGAAACACACAGAGGAAACACACAGUGGAAACACACAGAGGAAACACACAGAACUCAUAAAGACCACAAACCAUACAAGAAAACAAAAAAGCAACCGUCUUUCUGCGCGUUGGGUUUGAGAGGAGGGCGGAGUGGAUUUUGACAUGGAAGAGCACAUUCACAUGUUCUAUUUUUUGUUAAAUCUCUACAACACUACACCGUUUUUUGGAGAAACCAAAAAAAAGUAAUUGCUGUAGAUUCUUUUGAAAUCGACUUUGAAAUGUAUUUCUUUAUUUUUCUGUUACUUUUUUCUACAGUUAAAGAGGGGCUUUUUGCGAGAGGGUUUGAUAUUCAAGACAUGGAGAACAAAAAGACCUGCCAGCGCUUUUCUGUUUACAUUAAGCCUUGCUCACAUUGUCCACUGUGGUAAAAUGCUUAAAGGGAUUCUCCCGUACUUUUGACUACUUUUUAGCCAGCAGUUCUGAAAGAAGCGCUCACAAGCCAAAAUUGCGCACUACGUCUAUGUGCACCACGUCAUUCCUUUCUGUCUCGCUCAUUUGCAACUUGCUAGCUGUUACUGACAUGGCGAGGGGCUGAAGCUCAUUGGUUGAACUCAAAUUACUAGGGGGCUUGCACAGGAGGGGGAGGAUUUUGGGGAAAAUGGCGCAGCACAGCUUCCAGAAAAACAGUUGCUUUCAAACUAGGGAUUUUGUGGCUAAUUGAGGGAGAACAGUAAUUAUUAACUGUCAAUGUUUUAUUUCUUUACUUCAAGUACAUAUUACUACAAACACAAAAUCCACAGCGUUGGGUAGCACACACACACAAAGAAAGCAUUCUAUCUGCUCUCUGUGUAACCUUUCAUGCUUAUGUGCCCUUUCACAGUAGAACAUGGUGGAACACAUGGUGGUGAAAGUGCCUUCUGUUCUAAUCCUCUGUCUUCCAUUAUUUCUCUGUAAAUCAGAGUCCGUGUGGAUGCCUGGCCCCAAUCAGAUGCCAAGUGUUUUGUACAGCACUGUGUGUGAAACUGGAAAUCUGAAAUGGACCUCACUAUUGAUUGCCUUAGAGCAGAUGGGCAACUCCCUCAGAGUUGUACCUGGCACUACUGCCACUGCCUGCUCAGAGUGCACACUUCUGGUUUCCCAGGUCUCAAUCAGUUGCUGAUUUAAAGGAAAGACACUAUGAAGACGAAACUUGCCCACCCCUGCAUUAGUGUGUGUAUGAUGGUGGUGUUGGAAUUGUCCAUGUUGAAAAUUGAUUUAUGUUCACAUUUUUCGAGUCGAUCAUUGGUAAAUCUCGUCGGGGGGAUGAGUUGCUUGCGGUUGACAUUAGGUUAUGUAUGCUGUAUGAACGGAGGUAUUUGUCAGUCUCUCGUUAAGGUAUAAGUAGCCUAUUUCAAUGAUUCAAAACGCAUUUUCCUUCAUUGGAUCAUACCUGACACACUUUAUGAAUGCACUUAUUUCUCAGGGCACAAGCUUCCAAAUCUGUUUUGUGAUGCUAACAUACACAAGAUAUUCUUGUUAGAUUUCGAACAAACUACUUUGACAAACUGAUUAGUACUAUGCAGCGAGUUCGGAGACCACUUGAUGACGCCUCGUUAUCGACAUUGAUAACCCUCACACUUGUCGUGCAUGAAUCAGACCUUUAAACAAAACUAGAGGAGGUAUUGAGGUAGAAAUCCAACGGCAGGGACACAGAAGGUCAUAAAUCAUUAGCUUUUGCACGCAAGAAUCUCACUUGAUUUAGAGAUCUUGUAUGGUAUUAUUAUCAUGUUCUUAACCUAACCAGAAGCAGGAGUGACGGGGUUAUUGGUGCUAGAAGUGGACGAUGUCUUGUAUAUUAUGAUGACAUUGCAUUGGUGCAUUUUAUUGCCCACUAUUAGGAGUGAUUCUAUUGCCCAGCAUGUUGGGAUUGGUGAAAAUGUACGUUUCAUAACUGUCAACAUCGUUUGUUUUGUGUGUCAUGUUAAUCUGGUAAACCUGUUUCUUACGUGUAUCUGGUAGUUAGGAGAAAAGGUCUCUCUGGAGAGAGAUGACAGAUGAAUGGUCUGUGUACUAUUUACUGAACAUAGCAUUUCAGCCAGAGUCCUGCUCAGUUUGGCUACCCUUCAGGUCAAAGGAUCUUUGAAAACUGUGAGAUUGCAUUUUU